GCAACGAUAUCGUCAGUUCAUCACGUCCACAGCUACGCAACGCAAGAAACCUUUAUCUACAAUUGCGAUCCUUCUUCCAUUCAUCCCGUCCCGCGAGAUAAGAGGAGCACCACCAGCCCGAGGCAAAAACCUUCCCAAAUUCUGAAAAACCCCGACGUUUUCGGAUGCUGCACGUUGCUACGCAUCGCAAGUUCGCAACACCGGAUUACAGUUCUCGGCUUGUGAUUUCUGAAAACCCCCGAAGUUUUCGGAUUAAGCGCGGUAUUAAAGCUUUCGUUUUCUUUUUUUUCCUAAUUAAACGAGUUAUUAUAUAUUUUGAGGAGAAAAAGAUAGCGGCAUCUUGACAUGGAUCUGCGUGCCCCACCAACCAAUUAUCCCAAAACUUUUUUAUCUUCCAUUAUCCUAUGGCGUCGUCGUCCUGACGCGGGGGCGGCGAAGAGGAGGCCGGAGUCAUCAUCAUCGUCGUCAAUAAACAAUCGCGCCAGCCGGAGGCUCUCCCUCUCCCUCUCCCUCUCCCGUCCAAUCGCAUCGCCCGCACGAGCCUCAUCAUCAGUCCACGACCAUCACCAUCACCACCACCACUCGCUGCAGCGGCCCACUGGACUCGGCCGCGACUCCGUCGUCGCGAGAUCCAGCGCCGUCGUCGCGCCGCCUACGCCGACGCCGCUGCCGCCGCCGACGCUGCUGCCGGAGAUGCCGAGCCCGACGAUCCGGAGGCUGGACGUGGCCUCGCCGGUGCCGGCGGACAUCGACAUCGCCAACGCCGUCGAGCCGCUCCCGAUCGCCGACAUCGCGGCGGAGCUCGGCCUCCGGCCCGACCACUACGACCUCUACGGCAAGUACAAGGCCAAGGUCUUGCUGUCGGUUCUUGAUGACCUCAAGGCGCAGCAGGAUGGAUACUACGUCGUGGUCGGCGGCAUCACGCCGACGCCCCUCGGGGAGGGCAAGUCCACCACCACCGUCGGUCUGUGUCAGGCUCUUGGCGCUUUCCUUGAUAAAAAGGUUGUCACAUGCCUUCGUCAACCAUCACAAGGGCCUACCUUUGGAAUCAAGGGAGGUGCAGCUGGAGGUGGCUACAGCCAAGUUAUACCCAUGGAUGAGUUCAAUCUUCAUCUGACAGGCGAUAUCCAUGCAAUUACGGCUGCAAACAAUCUACUUGCUGCUGCUAUUGAUACAAGGAUCUUCCAUGAAAAUUCUCAGUCAGACAAAGGACUGUUCAACAGAUUGUGUCCGGCAAACAAGGAAGGCAAGAGGCACUUUGCUGACGUAAUGUUCAGACGUCUGACAAAGUUGGGCAUUUCAAAGACAGACCCCAAUGAGCUUACACCAGAUGAAAUCAGGCGUUUUGCAAGGCUUGAUAUCGACCCUGAGUCCAUUACAUGGAGACGGGUGAUGGAUGUCAAUGACCGUUUCCUGAGAAAAAUCACUAUUGGACAGGGCCCUGAAGAAAAAGGUAUGGUGAGAGAAACAGGCUUUGAUAUAUCUGUAGCUAGUGAAAUAAUGGCUGUAUUAGCUCUUACAACUUCCCUCGCUGACAUGAGAGAAAGGCUUGGAAGAAUGGUGAUAGGGAACAGCAAGUCAGGUGAGCCGAUAACUGCUGAUGAUCUUGGGGUUGGAGGUGCGUUGACUGUCCUAAUGAAAGAUGCUAUUCAUCCCACCCUCAUGCAAACUCUUGAAGGCACACCAGUUUUAGUACAUGCUGGACCGUUUGCUAACAUUGCUCAUGGAAAUUCUUCAAUUGUUGCUGAUAAGAUUGCUUUGAAGUUGGUUGGGAAGGGUGGCUUUGUUGUUACUGAGGCAGGUUUUGGUGCUGAUAUUGGAACUGAGAAGUUCAUGGACAUCAAAUGUAGGUAUAGUGGAUUGGUGCCACAGUGUGCUAUUAUUGUGGCCACAAUUAGAGCUCUCAAAAUGCAUGGAGGGGGGCCUGAGGUGGUGGCUGGAAAGCCUCUGGAUCAUGCAUAUGUGAGCGAAAAUGUGGCCCUUGUUGAAGCUGGAUGUGUAAAUCUGGCUAAACAUAUAUCAAACACGAGGAGUUAUGGAGUUAAUGUUGUAGUUGCAAUCAACAAAUUUGCAUCAGAUACUGAAGCAGAAAUGAAUGUGGUGCGUAGUGCAUCAAUGGCUGCUGGUGCUUUUGACGCUGUCGUCUGCACGCACCAUGCCCAUGGUGGUAAAGGAGCGGUCGAGCUUGGACUUGCUGUCCAACGAGCAUGUGAAAGCCAGACAGAACCUCUGAAGUUUUUGUAUCCUUUGGAAUCUAGCAUAAAGGAGAAGAUUGAGUCAAUUGCUAAGUUUUAUGGUGCCAGUGGUGUUGAAUACUCCGAGCAGGCUGAGAAGCAGAUUGAGAUGUACACCAAGCAAGGGUUCUCCAACCUCCCCAUCUGCAUGGCGAAGACCCAAUACUCAUUCUCACACGUCCCAUCCAUGAAGGGCGCGCCGACGGGCUUUGUUCUACCAAUAAGAGAUGUGAGGGCCAGUAUCGGAGCUGGGUUCAUCUACCCGCUCGUGGGCACCAUGAGCACGAUGCCUGGGCUUCCCACAAGGCCCUGCUUCUACGAGAUCGAUGUAGACACUGCCACCGGGAAGGUCAUGGGCCUGUCAUGAAUGGAAUUCAACUUCUGAUGGUGUCGUGCAUAUACCAGAUUUAUUGCACAUUCGUUGGAGCGUCAUAUUGUGUAGUCGGGGCAGUCCUGGAGUUGAAUAAUGGUAGUGAUAGUGAUAAUAAUAGCCGUUCCUGGCUUCCUGCUGUUGCAGUGCCGCUUCUUGUUACUUGCUUUUGUAAUCCGGAGCUGUAAAUGUUGUCGAACCGUUCUGUUUAGACUCCCAUGCCUCACAUGCAGCGUUCAGUUAAUUGUAGUUGUAUUUUCGAA